CAUCACUUACCUGACCGUGACCACCCUAUCUCGAUGUUGCUUCCUAUCAUGGAGCUAAAAUGAUACCACCGCCAGCUUCUCUGUUUGUCGCGCUGUUUGCAGAGCAUGUACUUAAGGAUAGCAUGCUCCCACUCAUUCAAGUUUAUUCGCAACUAGGUAGCCAUACCUCGUCUUGGACCUAGACUUCUUUCUACCACAUAAAACCUCCGCCUAUAUAAGAUGAACACUCGGCCGAUAAUCGACGAGUCCUCUGGGCCUUUCGCUCUCUCCGCCUCCUUCAACGCUGACAACUCGUGCUUCUCUGUUGCACUCGAGACUGGCUUCCGGGUCUUUACCUCUAAAUCUGGUGACUUGAAGCUCGCUCGAGAGGUCGGUGGCGGCAUCGGCUGCGCGGAGAUGUUGAGCACCACCCGCUACAUUGCCCUAGUCGGAGGUGGAAAGCAGCCUAAGUUCCCCCAGAACAAAGUCCAAAUCUGGAACGAUGCCACACAGCUUGUGUCCACCAGUCUCGAGUUCAAGACACCAAUCCAGCGAGUUCGCAUUUCUCAGUCGCACCUUGUGGUCGUCCUUCUGAACAAUGUGGGCAUAUACAAGAUGAAGAGUCCGCCAGAAAAGAUCGCGGACUACGAGACCGUGAACAACCCCUUUGGACUGUGCUCCCUAGGUAGUAAAAUUGUGGCAUUUCCGGGACGAACUCCGGGACAGGUCAAACUGUUUCACCUUGACUCAGGCAAUGUCAGUAUCAUACCGGCUCAUGAUAGUCCGCUACGUGCGCUAGCGCUGAGUAAAAACGGCGAUGUGGUAGCAACCGCCAGCGAACAGGGAACACUGAUACGUAUCUGGUCAUUUCCGAGCUGUACGAAAAUCGGAGAGCUGCGUCGAGGUAUUGAUCCUGCCGUCAUAUUCUCUCUAGCAUUCUCGCCCAUUGGCUCCCUCCUUGCCGUCACAUCGGACAAGUCUACCCUGCACAUCUUCGAGCUCCCAACGCCAAAUAGUGUGCCUACCCCCGAGCCAGAUCCAAAGACACACAAAUGGGGCAUAUUAUCCAAAGUCCCCCUGCUACCACGGCCCUUUUCAGAUAUCUACUCUCUUGCCGCCACGAAGUUCGAAAUUGGGGACGAACAUGUGGGCUGGGGUCCAGCUUCAAAAUCAGCGACUUUCAAUGCCGGCAUUCCUGGUGUUCCUGGUGGAAGACCCACAAAAGGGCUAAUUGGAUGGCUUGAUGACAACACACUUUUGGUCAUCGGAGCUGGUCGAGAUGCUAGGUGGGAGAAAUUCAUAGUUGGUGUCAACUCUGACGGGAAGAGGGUGGUAUACAAGGAGGGUUGGAAAAGGUACCUGGAGUAGCCCAUUCCUCCAACAUCUAUGAUUGCCAAUUUGGAUAAUGAAACACGCGCAAUGACGAAUUGGAAUGUUUGGCGUUUCGGGCGUUUAAUAAGCGCCUCAGGGCAUUGGGCGGAAAGCUCCUAUGGCCCUCUUCGCAAUGAGACAUUCUUAACCCAACAUGUUAAUACCAUCAUGCUCGCUACAUUUGGGAUCCGGGCUGGUUCACAUAUUAGGCGCAAAGGGUAUACAGGGUCGGUCCCAGGAGUCUGGUGUGGAAGGAACUUGGAUGAUGUGCAGCGCCGUCUUUUCUAGUCACAUUUAGCCGUUAGCUUUUUUGGGCUGUAGAUGUUUUCAGGUAACGUAAUUUUCGAGUUGAAGAUCACUGGGAAUAGGGCCAUUACCCUGAGUUACAACUCGACACGUGGGGGUUCAGUUAUGGAGUUAUAUUACUGGCUAGAGUCCUUUCCACGAGCCUUACAUAUCAAUGAAUUGC